UCUUGGUACAGUAUCUUUCUUCCAUAGCCUGUACCUACUGUUUGUGUAGGUGUAGAUCCCAGACUAGGUUGAUUUCAUUUCCUAUGCAUCUGACAAAAGUUAAUAUUCACCCCACUAUUUUAAUAUUACUCCAAUAUAUUCAACGGAAAUAAUUAAAUGCCGGUUUGCUUUUCCUCGAUAAUACUCCUAAACAACUCCCCCUCUCCUCUAUAAAUAUGUAGUCGAGCCCAUCCCCAAUUUGCUGCCAUCCAAGUUCAUAAAAUCAUUUUCUUUCUUCUCAUAAAAUUAAACUUCGAUGGGUGAAGAAGGUAGCCUUUUGAUAAUUGUGACCACACUAGUUAUUGGUUUUGUAAUUGGCAUCAUUUUGAACCAUUUUUGGCCUUUGUUCUUCAAGAUUAAUAAUAAUGGUAGUACUACUCUUGUAAUUCCCAAGGGCACUUUUGGAUGGCCUUUACUUGGUGAAACCCUUUCCUUUUUGAAGCCUCAUCCUUCUAAUUCUAUUGGUGCUUUCCUUCAACAACACUGUUCUAGGUAUGGGAAAGUGUUCAAAUCCCAUUUGUUUUUCUCCCCAACAGUGGUAUCUUGUGACCAAGACCUUAAUUACUUCAUACUACAGAAUGAAGAUAAGUUAUUUCAGUGUAGUUACCCAAAGCCUAUACAUGGUAUUCUUGGAAAAGUUUCACUGCUUGUGGCUGUUGGUGACACACACAAAAGGCUUAGGAACGUUUCAUUAUCACUAAUCAGCACCAUCAAGUCAAAUCCUGAGUUUAUUAAUGAUGUGGAAAGAUCAGCCCUUCAGAUUCUUCAAUCUUGGAAAGAUAAAGAACAAGUCAUCUUCUGGGAGGAGUCAAGAAAGUUUUCAUUUAAUGUGAUAGUGAAGCAAGUUCUUGGAUUAACUCCGGAUGAUCCACGAAGUGCAACAAUUCUUCAAGAUUUUCUUGCAUUCAUGAGAGGCCUAAUUUCUUUACCACUCUACAUACCUGGAACUCCAUAUGCAAGAGCUGUGCAGGCUAGAAGCAGAAUAUCUUCUAAUAUCAAAGCAAUUAUAGAGGAUAGAAGAAGAAAACAUGCUGGUGGUGAUAGUAAAAGGAAUGAUUUUCUAGAGAUACUUCUUUGUGUUGAUACCUUAUCUGAAGAUGAAAAAGUUAGCUUUGUUCUUGAUUCCCUACUUGGUGGUUAUGAGACCACUUCCCUUCUUAUGGCUAUGGUUGUAUUUUUUGUUGGUCAAUCACAAAAGGCUCUUGAUCAACUUAAGCAAGAGCAUGAUAACAUACGAAGCACGAAGGAAAAGGAGGAGCUUUUGAAUUGGGAAGAUUACAAGAAGAUGGACUUCACUCAAAAGGUCAUAAAUGAAGCUCUCAGAUAUGGGAAUGUUGUCAAAUUCGUGCACCGAAAGGCCCUUAAAGACGUCAAUUUUAGAGAUUAUGUGAUUCCAGCAGGUUGGAAGGUCCUACCAGUAUUUAGUGCAGUUCAUUUGGACCCAUCAGUACAUGCCAAUGCCCUCCAGUUUAAUCCUUGGAGAUGGGAGAGUGAUGAGCAAAUAUGCAAGAAAUUGACUCCUUUUGGGGGAGGGUCGAGGUGUUGCCCUGGAUUUGAACUUGCAAAGGUUGAAGUAGCAUUCUUCCUCCACCACCUUGUACAAAAGUACCGAUGGGACGUAGAAGAAGGAGAACAACCUAUUGCAUAUCCAUAUGUGGAGUUCAAAAAUGGUUUAACAAUCAGAUUGCAUCAAAAUUCUACUUAGGCCCUGCAAUAUUUGAGUAUAUGGUCAUGGAUUAGGCAACACAUUGUGAUGAAAAUUCCAAUGACAACACCAAAAUCAGGUAGUCCAAUGCUAUGUCAUUUGUAUACAGGAGCUCAUCAUGAAGAUCUCUUCCUAAUUCGGAUAUCUGUUCUCCCUCGUACAGAAAGAAAACAGGAUUUCCUUUUUCUUUUCUUUUUGUGUAUGAUCGAUAUACAUAAUUCCACGGAGAAAAUCCUAUAAUCUUUCAGUAGUUUCUUCA